CGGCGGCGCGACGUAUACGUCGCGCGCACACAUGUCUCAUCGGGCGACGUCCAAGAACCUCGAGAGUGCUUCGGAACGCGUCGCAUCAGCCUGUCCCGCACCGUCGCUUAGCGCAGAAUGCAAGUGCGGCCUCGUCGCCCCUGGCGCUUUCUCGACAUCCGGCCGGUGAUAGCGCCCGCGCGCGUUCCGUCAUGUGUGGGGCUGGAUGCGGUCGACUGACCGGGGACCCAUGUGCGGCGCUCUCACGGGAGCGCCCCGCGCGCCCGCUUCGCGUUCUGCAGCGCAUGGGCGCACGCGCAGUAGGUUUGCGGGGGGAAGAAUAAAAGCGGUGGGCGCCGGGGCGUUUUUCGGCAAGCAUUUUGCUUCCUGAUUUUUGCGACUCUGCUCAUCGAGUAUCACCGCCAUGCGAAGCUUCGUCGCUCUUGUCACCGUCGCGCUUGCGUCCAACGCGGCAGCGAGGACGUUCACGGUCUUCAACCAGUGCCCGUUCACCAUCUGGCCUGCUAUCUUCACCGACCACAACGUCGGCUCGUCCAUUCCCAACCAGCCGACUGGUUGGCAACAGGAUGCCUUCCAGACCGUCAGCUUCUCCGUCCCCAACGACUGGCGGGCCGGCCGUAUCUGGGCUCGCCGUGACUGCAACUUCAACGUGGCGAACCCGGGCCCCAACUCCUGCCUCGACGGAGGCUGCAACGGCGGGCUCGUCUGUGAUACAUUCACUGGCACGGGCGUCCCUCCCGCCACCGUUGCCGAGUUCACGCUGGGCACGAACGGCAUCCCGGAUAACUACGACGUCUCUCUCGUCGACGGCUACAACCUGCCUCUGAGGGUCACCAACAACAAGGGCUGUCACGUUGCCGACUGCCCUGUCGACCUUGGCCCUAACUGCCCGGACCAGCUGAAGGGCCCAUUCGACUCGACCGGCUUCCCCGUGGGCUGCAAGUCCGCGUGCGUCGCUGGACUGGGCGACCCUGUGAAUAACCCCAACUGCUGCACGGGUACGCACAACACCGCGCCGACGUGCCCGAACUCCGGCGUCGCGUUCUACAGCUACUUCAAGAGCAACUGCCCGAACUCGUACGCGUACGCGUUCGACGAGUCGAGCGGGACCGCGCUCUUCACCUGUGACUCCGCCCUCCAGGCGGACUACACGCUCACCUUCUGCCCGUGAGCGGUGGCAUGAUGGAUGGCUUCGACGGAGCUUGCGGAGAUGGAACGAUCACAAGAGUCCAUUCUUGUGCCGUCAUGCCACGCAUCAGCGCCGUAUUCGCUGAAUUUUGAAUUUUGAUUCUUAAGGGACAUCUUCGUUGUGUUAAGGUUUGGGGUGCAACGACGGUGGUGGAAGGACUGUACCAAUAUAUCUGAUGAUCAACGUCAUAA